UUAUGACAACAACUGAAAUGACAACACUAGAAGACACUAUAACCGAGGUUACAACUCCAGCUAUGACAUCAACAGUUAUGACAACAACUGAAAUGACAACAGUGGUGGACACAACAACCGAGGCUACAAGUCCAGUCAUUAUAACUACAGAGGCUACAACUCCAAUUAUAACAACAAUAGAAGACACAACUCCAAUUAUAACACCAACAGAUGGUACAACAGCAGAAAGCACUACUUCAGAGAGCACUACUACAACUGAUGAUCCUAUCCUUACAAUCGUUAUUGUUGUCUCUGUGGUCGGAGCAGCCGGGUUGGUAGCAGUAGCAAUGUUCAUUUACUGCUACGCCACAAAAUGCAUAACAAAGGUUGGUCCAAUGCCUGCAUGAUAGAAAUCCUUAUCUGGUAUCAUAAGAUUGUCAAAUGCAUGGAAGUAAUGAAGAUAGAAUUUGAACUUAACUUACAGAAACUUGUUAAAGUACAUCCGGUUAUUACAUUACUGUCUCAGAGAUGUGUGGUUCUCAUUGAUUUUUAUAUAUUGAUUUUUUUUAUUGUUUAUUUUAUUAUACAUAUUAUGUAUUCAUCUACAUGUCACCUCUACUGUCAAAAUGGCCAAAGUGAUAUGUUGCUCUACCUUGGCUUCCGUCGUCAGCAAUUUUACACAUUUUUGUUUCGUUCUUUGAAACCACUAGACAAACUUGAAACAAAGGUCUGGAGAAAAAAGGGCGAUAACUAUGUAUGGAUUGCAAAAAAAAAAAAACCAACCCAACAACAAACCCCAUAGUGGUCAGAUAUAAUGCCAAUUGAUUUAUAGAUAACACUUGACGUACCUCAUACAAAGUUACAAAUGAGAACUUACACCUCUAAUGUAACAUUUAUUGGCCUGGUUCAUAAUUCGCAGUAAUCAGAAUCGUUUAAGAGCUCCAUACAGCUUAUUUAAUGAUAAAUUUGAACAUAUCAUGUACGACUGUAAAUAAAAAUAACUUUCUUUCUUACUAACUGAGCUUCAUAACAAUUGGCAAAUUAUCGACAACUACG